GCAGACAGAAACAGGAGACAGACAUAUGUCCGCUCUCUACGUAGCUUAUGGUGCGGUGUUUCCUCCCUCGUGCUACUUGCUACUUACGUCUUAAAUCUGGCGUCACCGCCCUUGGUUUUACACAAACGCAAUAAGAUAUAAGACUAUAUCUUAUUUUUUCAGGUUUUUAAAUUUCCAUUUUGUCUUCAGUGAUUUAAAAUGGUGAGAUUUUGUUGCGUUGAAGGCUGCAAAACAACGUGGCGACCAGAUAUUGACCUAUCGUUUUUCAGUUUUCCAUUGAAAAAUGAAGACUUGUUGAAAAAGUGGUUGCAGGUUAUACCAACAAAUAACCGAAUUACUAAACACUCUCGAAUAUGUAGUAACCACUUUGAAGAAUCCCAGUACGAUUGUGUUUCCGGUAAGCGAUACUUGAAAAAGGAGGCAAUUCCCAAUAGAUUUCCACGUGAUACAAUCGAGAAUAAGGAAACAAGCAUGAACGAUGAAAUUCCAGUACAGGAAUGUCAACAUGAUACAUCAGAAGAUGUGAAUAUCGAUCAUUGUAACGACUUUGUUGAUUAUAAUACCCAGCCAUCGAAAAUGUUCUUAUCAAUUGUACCUUUGUCAUCAUUGCCAACUCCAAUUGAUGAGGCAACACAAAGCACUCCUCAGACUCAGAAUGUGGCUACACAAAUGUCACCAAGACGAUUGGCGCCAUCCGAAGCUGAAGAGAAAUUACGUCGCCAAGUUAAAAUUCUUCAAAAGAAAUUGCAUCGCAGAGAACGAAGAAUAUUAAGUAUUCGCCAAUUGCUAAAACACUUGAAGACUAAAAGUGUUGAGAAAAGCUCAUACCACCUCGAUCAUUUAUAUGCAAAAAAGAAUGUUUAAAAUUUUUAUGUAUAUAAAAAUUAUCCUCAGAAUGUAAAAUUCUUGCAUAU